CCCUUUUUAAUGUUGUACGGGAAAAAAAGGGACCGUCAGCUCAUCUAAUCGGGUUGGUGGGUGUUUUUUUGUUUAAUUAUUAUAUAUUCCGCGGAGUUGCCCGCCCUCCUUCGCUCCCUGCCCCACCCCCAGCCUCACGUACCCGUCCCCCGGGGACCGAGGAAGCGGGUCCGCGGGUACCAUGCUCAAACUCACCGCCUUCCACACCCACUACUGGCCGCUGGUGCGCUUCCUCGUACCCUUGGCCGUCACCAACAUCGCAGUCGACCUCGGCGAACAGGCAUUGAACAGGGGUAUAGCAGCUGUAAAGGAGGAUGCCAUCGAGAUGCUUGCCAGCUAUGGGCUGGCCUACUCCCUUAUGAAGUUCUUCACCGGGCCAAUGAGCGACUUUAAGAAUGUGGGCCUGGUAUUUGUUCACAGUAGGCGGGAUAGGAUCAAGGCUGUCCUCUGCAUGGUCACAGCUGGCACUGUGGCUGCCAUCUUUCACAUUCUAAUAGCACACACCGAUCUGGGAUAUUAUAUCAUCAACAAAUUACAUCAUGUGGAUGAUUCUGUGGGAAGUAAAACAAGAAAGGCUUUCCUCUACUUGGCUGCCUUCCCGAUGCUGGAUUCAUUGGCAUGGACCCAUGCUGGCAUUCUUUUGAAGCACAAAUACAGUUUACUGGUGGGCUGCGCCUCCGUAUCAGAUGUCAUUGCUCAGAUUGUAUUUGUAUCCAUUUUGCUUCACAGUCAUUUGGAAUGUACAGAGCCCCUCCUGAUUCCAAUUCUGGCCUUGUACAUGGGAGUGAUGGUCCGUUUUACCAUGGUGGGCCUUGGAUACUAUAAGAAUGUGCAUGAUAUCAUUCCUGAAAGAAGUGGACCUGAAAUGGGGGGUGAGGCUACAAUAAAAAAGAUGCUGGCUUUCUGGUGGCCUUUGGCCUUGAUACUAGCUACUCAACGAAUCAGCAGACCCAUUGUAAAUUUGUUCGUGUCUCGCGAUCUGGGAGGCAGUCCAACAGCCACAGAGGCCGUUGCAGUUCUGACAGCAACAUAUCCUGUUGGUCACAUGCCUUAUGGCUGGUUGACUGAGCUUCGAGCCGUUUACCCUGCUUUUGACAAGAACAACCCCAGCAAUAAACUUGGAAACAUCAUCAAUAAGUCACAUAUCAAGAGAUUUACUUUUACCUGCUUGGCUAUCUCCGUCACUCUGUGCUUUGUAGUGUUCUGGACUCCACAUCUGUCAGAGAAAAUUCUGGUUAACCUGAUAGGUGUGAAUUUGGCUUUUGCUGAGCUCUGCGUGAUUCCAUUGCGAAUCUUUUCUUUCUUCCCUUUCCCAGUGACUAUACGAGCACACCUAACUGGCUGGCUGAUGACCUUGAAGAAGACUUUUGUGCUGGCACCCAGUUCAGUCCUAAGGAUAGUGCUUCUCAUUACAAGUUUGAUCGUGCUGCCUUAUAUGGGAGUCCAUGGAGCUUCUUUAGGGGUUGGUUCACUUCUUGCUGGUUUCCUAGGAGAAUCUGCCAUGGUAGCAAUAGCAUCUUGUUAUGUUUAUCGCCAAGAGAAAAAGAAGAGAACUCUGGAUACAGCAGCAGCUGAAGGGGAGGACUCUGCAAUGAAUUAUGCAGUUGUCCCUGAGGAAAUGUCUGAGGUUGUGGAAUUGGAUGAAGAUGAGUGAGCCAGAUUUGCAUACUGCAGCAAUCACUCUGGUACAACGUUAUGCCCUCCAUUUCUUCUCCCUCUUCCAUUUUAUUUUCCCCAGAAGUGUCUAUUACCAAAGACAUCUUCUAAAUCGUGCUGUGGAAUUGUUUGCACCAUCAGACAGAUUCGGACAAGGAAGGGUCUCCUUGUGCACAGUGCUGUUCCAUUUCUGCUAAUACAUGGAGGAAAACAACUUCAAAACAUCCAGAAAGUCUUCCACCUUUGGCUUGGCUGACACCCUUCUUCCCAAUGGUAUUAGCAACACAUCUGCAACCAAAGCAUCUUUCACCUCUUUUGUUGGCUAUCCUGCCGUCCUGUUUUCCAUCAAUAUCCUUGAAAUGCAACGGUGUAUAUUUGGGAUUUUAACUUUAUUUAAUUGCUUAAAUAUUACUUUAAUUUCAAAUGUUUAUUUGCAGUUAGAUUUCUAGUGGCCCAUGUGAUUUACUGCCAUAAUGUUGCUGCUCGCGGUGGAGUUUAAGGCACCAUAGCCACAAAGUACACAACUUAGUAAAAAGGUUAAAAACAUAUCAAGAUUAUUUUUUUAAUACCAAAAAGAGUUUGAUAACAGAAUUUGAAGAUAAUGGUGUGUGUGUGGUGGUGAUGCAAGUAAAAUGCUAAAAAGUAGAGAAAUUAACAAUAAAAACAGACAUGACUUGAAUUUCCUAAACUCGUAACAUUAAAAAGGUACAAAGUCAAUACUUGAAAAAAUAUAUUUUAAAGUGGUAUGAAAUUUGACAACUUAAAAGUACACAAGUUUGGUACUCACACUUCAGUAUGUGAACUGAUUCAGAACAUUGUAUAUUGUAAAGUGGGAAUCAGUAAAUUCAAAUAAAUUUUACAUUUCUUUCAUUGCAGCUUGUUAGAGCAAAGGUUUACAUGUUGAGGAAUGGUUAUUUCUUACAAACAUUCAUAGUGACUGUGCUGCAGAUCAGUGCUUGGUUGGCUUCUCUGGAAGAGUGUCACCAGCACAGACUUGGCCAUAAUUCUAUAAAUGCUUCAUUGUUUAAGUGACAUUUCUUUCCUCUGCAUUUAUGUCAGGAGUUAUAGGAGCCUGGCUUUAAAUCUGCUCAUCAAUAAACAAGCCUGAUAAACCAUUCAAAAAGCUAUCAAUUAACUUCACAUAAUCAACCUUUGUUCUAAUGCAUUGAAGUUCAUUUUACAGGUCAUUAUUUUAAUCUAAUUGUUAUACAUCUCAAUUGCUUCAUUGAUAAAUAUAAUGAAGAGGUUACACAGAUGAAACACCUUUAAUAUUAAUUGGACAGUCUCAAGGCCUGUUCAACCAUAUCGUGAUAACCUUUAACUUGUCUUUGAAAUGGCAAUUUCUUUGAGAGCCCCAGUAGUUGUCUUUUGGAGACAAGAUUAGCAAAGAAAUGUGCUGUUGGGACACAAUAGAGGAAUUUUGGCCAGAAAGUGCUCAAUGAUAUGAUUGGGUGCAAAAAAUCCAAAAUUUCAGCAGAUUCCUUGAGCAGAAACGCUUAGGGCGAAAAGGAAAUCAGUGACCCUUUAGUAAAUCAAUGCGAUUCAUGAAUAUGUUUAAUAAACACUUGCAAGCAGAAAUAAAAGUGAUGUAAUUUGGGUAGAUAUACAGCAAUAGUUACAUUUUACCUUAAAUAUCUACUAAAUGAUUCACCUAUUAAUGAAAGGUGUAAAAUGGCUUGAGAGCAGUGAUUUGGCCAGAGAGGAGAGAGAAAUUUUUUGAAUUAGUGCAGCAUGUGUUCAUGAUGUACUGAGAGUUUCAAGCAUUCAUGGUCACAAUAUUCUUCUAUCCAACUUUAAAGAAAAAAAUGGCCCCAGGUAACCAUGUUUUUUGAAAUUUUGACGUGACUCUCAGCAUUAUUGUUGCUAAAUUGUUAGAUGAAAUAUUGUGUAAAAGAAGUUAUGAAUGUUAUGUGUAAAUGAGUGAAAACCUGUUCUCUUUAAUAGCCAAAUUGGUUCUGCAACAUGCUUUAAAUCUCAUCAAGCAGUGAAAUGUUUUACCAAAAUUAAGUUUCCAUUAAUUUAAAGUGCCACACAUGCUCCAUUUAAUAUAUCAGUGUAAUUUUAAUACACCAAAUACAGAAUGUUCUUUCUUUCUAUAUAUAAUGUAUGUAUAUUUUUCCAUGGUAUUAAUUAGAUUUGAAUCCAUUAUUUUGAACUUAUGAUCUUGUGCUUAUUCAGUUGGCGACUCAAUUAAAUUCUUUUCUCAUGUUGAUUGGUUUCAUAGUGCCGUAUGAAACAAUUUGACAUUUAUAAAAUAAUACAUUCAAGAUUUAACAUGCAGUCCACCCCACCAUCAGAAUAUGCCAAAUGGAAUGCGGCAAAAAAAGUCUCUAUAAAUAUUUGGGUUAUCAGAUACAUUGCUGAAAUUGGCCAAUUUUCCCAAUAACGUUAUUGUUUGGGAAAUAAGUGGCAAGUGGCAAAACCUAUAACAGGGAUGUUUUCACGUGUAAAUAGAUCAAUUCAAAGUGAUUAUUAAAAUGAUUAAUGCUGUAAUAUUGAUUAAGUAGUUAUUUACAAAUAAUAGAGCACCAAUUGCUUCAAUUCAUUU